UCUCUCUUCUCUGUCUCUCUUCGCUCCCUUCCUCCCUGUAACUGAACAGUGAAAAUUCACAUUGUGGAUCCGCUAACAGGCACAGAUGUCAUGUGAAAACGCACAUGCUCUGCCAUCCACACCGCCUUUCUUUUCUUUCUGCUUCCUUUCCCCCCCCUUGCUCCUUCUCUCUCUUCUUUGUAACUAACAAAACCACCACCAACUCCUCCUCCUGCUGCUGCCCGUCCUCCUCCUCCUCAGUCCAAGUGAUCACAAAAGAAAUCUUCUGAGCCGGAGGCGGUGGCAUUUUUAAAAAGCAAGCACAUUGGAGAGAAGGAAAAAAGGAAAAAACAAAACAAAACCUAGGCACUAGCCAGCCAGAACAUUUUUUUUUUCACUCUUCCUGAAAACAAACAAACAAACAAACAACCAUCAAAACAAAACAGUCACCACCACCAUCAUCCAAACUGUUAGCAUAACAGCAGCGGCGGCGGCAAACGUCACCCUCUGGCCUCGUCGUCCGCCUAAAGGGAUGGUUUUCUCGGCAGAGCAGCCCUUCGUCGACCACCUUGUGCACUCGUGCUGAGCGGGGAUUUUUGGGCUCUCCGGGGUUCGGGCUGGGAGCAGCUUCAUGACUACGCGGAGCAGGAGAGCGGCUACACCAUGCGAGCACAAAUUGAAGUGAUACCAUGCAAAAUUUGUGGGGAUAAGUCCUCGGGGAUCCACUAUGGAGUCAUCACAUGUGAAGGCUGCAAGGGAUUCUUUAGGAGAAGCCAGCAGAACAAUGCCUCUUAUUCCUGCCCACGGCAGAGAAACUGUUUAAUUGACAGAACCAACAGAAACCGUUGCCAACACUGCCGACUGCAGAAGUGUCUUGCCCUAGGAAUGUCAAGAGAUGCUGUGAAGUUUGGGAGAAUGUCCAAGAAGCAGAGGGACAGCCUGUAUGCAGAGGUGCAGAAGCACCAGCAGAGGCUGCAGGAACAGCGGCAGCAGCAGAGUGGGGAGGCAGAAGCCCUUGCCAGAGUGUACAGCAGCAGCAUCAGCAACGGCCUGAGCAAUCUAAACAACGAGACCAGCGGCACUUAUGCCAACGGGCACGUCAUUGACCUACCCAAGUCCGAGGGUUAUUACAGCGUGGAUUCAGGCCAGCCGUCCCCCGAUCAGUCAGGACUUGACAUGACUGGAAUCAAACAGAUAAAGCAAGAACCUAUCUAUGACCUCACAUCCGUCCCCAACUUGUUUACCUAUAGCUCUUUCAACAAUGGGCAGUUAGCACCAGGGAUAACAAUGACUGAAAUUGAUCGAAUUGCACAGAACAUCAUUAAGUCCCAUUUGGAGACAUGUCAAUACACCAUGGAGGAGCUGCAUCAGCUGGCAUGGCAGACCCACACCUAUGAAGAAAUUAAAGUGUAUCAAAGCAAGUCCAGGGAAGCACUGUGGCAGCAAUGUGCCAUUCAGAUCACUCAUGCCAUCCAGUACGUGGUGGAGUUUGCAAAGCGGAUAACAGGCUUCAUGGAGCUCUGUCAAAACGAUCAGAUUCUACUUCUGAAGUCAGGUUGCUUGGAAGUGGUUUUAGUGAGAAUGUGCCGUGCCUUCAACCCACUAAACAACACUGUUCUGUUUGAAGGAAAAUAUGGAGGAAUGCAAAUGUUCAAAGCCUUAGGUUCUGAUGACCUAGUGAAUGAAGCAUUUGACUUUGCAAAAAAUUUGUGUUCCUUGCAGCUGACCGAGGAGGAGAUUGCUUUGUUUUCAUCUGCUGUUCUGAUAUCUCCAGACCGAGCCUGGCUGAUAGAACCAAGGAAGGUCCAGAAGCUUCAGGAAAAAAUUUAUUUUGCACUUCAACAUGUGAUUCAGAAGAAUCACUUGGAUGAUGAGACAUUGGCAAAGUUAAUAGCCAAGAUACCAACCAUCACGGCAGUUUGCAACUUGCACGGGGAGAAACUGCAGGUAUUUAAGCAAUCUCAUCCAGACAUAGUGAAUACACUGUUUCCUCCAUUAUACAAGGAGCUCUUUAAUCCUGACUGUGCCACCGUCUGCAAAUGAAGGGGACGAGAGAACUGUCUCACAGUCAUGGAUGCAUCACCAUUAAGACAAAAGCAAUGUGUUCAUGGAGACUUAAGAAAAAUGUCACUACUGCAACAUUAGGAAUGUCCUGCACUUAAUAGAAUUAUUUUUCACCGCUACAGUUUGAAGAAUGUAAAUAUGCACCUAAGUGGGGCUCUUAUUUGUUUGUUUGUUUUUGAAAUGACCAUAAAUAUACAAAUAUAGGACACUGGGUGUUAUCUUUUUUUUUUUUUUAAUUUUAUUUGGGUAUGUUUUGGGAGACAACUGUUUAUAGAAUUUUAUUGUAGAUAUAUACGAGAACAGAGCAGUACUUUACAUGAUUACUUUUCCUGUUGAUUGUUCAAAUAUAAUUUAAGAAAAUUCCACUUAAUAGGCUUAUCUAGUUCUAUGUUUUUAGAUAGUUGAUGCAUGUGUAAAUUUGUAGCUGUCUUGGAGAGUACUGUGCAUGUAUGUAAUAAGUAUAUAAUAUGUGAGAAUAUUAUAUAUGACUAUUACAUAUACAUGCACAGGUACUGUGGCUUAAAAUACCAUACCAACUAGCAAAGGAGGUUCAGUCAGUCUCUCUUCUAUUAUUUUCUUUCUGUGUUAUAUGUUACCUUUAUGUUAGACAAUCAGGAUUUUGUUUUCCCAGCCAGAGUUUUCAUCUAUAGUCAACGGCAGGACGGUACUCAUUCAGAAAUAAUUCUACAAAGCAGUUGAAUGCAUGGCCUCUGUAUAAAAAUUGUUUCUAUUGAUGACAUCAAAGCCUUGUCAAUGUAGUACAUAUUGGUGAAAAAAUAAUAAUAAUAAGUAUUUGGAGCCAUUUUCCUGUUUUAAUAAUUAGGCCACACAUUAUAUUGUGAGAGUCCAUGACUUUUUUGACCAAACAAUAGUCAUUUCCUAUUUCCCACCAGGACAUAUAAAACAUCUUUUUUUACCCUCCCUUGGCUUUCCAGUUGUGAAAGAAACUUGAUUUUUGGUGCUUAUUAUGUCUUCAACAGAGAAAUACAAUCUGUAGGUUAUGACCACCAGCAAUUUUUUCUACUAAUAUUAGAGAAAAUCAGAACCCAGGGACCCACUAUCAUCUCAUGUAAACAUUUUCUCUAUAAGCAAAUUUUAAUGACAAGAAGUAGAAAAAGAACAUACAAGGGAAAAAAAAUAAUUCUCUAUAUUUACUGUUUUUGAUAAGUUUGUUAGAAAACGUAGCAAUAUACGGGGAGGAA